AUGCUUGUUCCUGGAGACCGUGUGGCCGUAGACGGGUUUUUGGCCACCGUGCGCUUUGUCGGCGAGAUUCCGAACUGGCCCAACGAGACGGCCAUCGGCAUCCAGUGGGACGUUCCCGAGCGCGGCAAGAACGACGGCUCGCUCAACGGGACGAGGUACUUCACCACGCUGCACGGAGCGAAGUCGGGCAGUUUUGUCAAGCCGUCGAAGCUGCAGCCGACGCGCUCGUUUAUGGACGCGAUGGUGUACCAGUACGCGAGCGACGAGUCGCUUGCCAACGAGUCUGCGUCGCUCGUCGACCAUUUCGACCUCACCAUCGGCACAAAAAAGGUCGAGAGCUACGGCUUCGAGAAGCUGAGUCGACUACAGGCAGACUUCCGGAACCUCGAGACGGCCACUCUAGAGCGGCUGAACGUGGCGGUUUCGUCGCCAAUCGACUCUUCGCUCCACAACUUGCAGGUGCUCGAUCUAGGCUUUAAUCUACUGGACUGGCACAAUCUGAUGCAAAUCGUGCUCCAGCUCCCGAAUUUGCACACUCUCAAGGCGAACGGCAACCGCUGGACGCGAUAUGAGCCAUGCACGCCGUGUUUGUCGGUCCGUACAUUGCAUCUUGCUGCCUGCGACCUGGGAAACUCUCAAUACACCGCCCAACUGCUUUCUUGCUUCCCGAAACUGCAACAUCUUCACGUCGCCUCUAAUGGCCUAAAAUACAUAGAAGUGUGCGGUCUGGAAUCGCUCGAUUUGUCAGAUAACAGCCUCACACUUCUAUCCGACGCGCCGCCAGCCAAACGACUCAACCUCUCGUACAACGACCUGCACAUCCCUUCUCUCACCGAAACCUCCCUCCAAAUAGUCGAGGAGCUGGACCUCUGCAACACAGCCGUUUCUGAGUGGUCAGAAAUUGACAACCUGGCACAGCUACCCAAUCUCACCUCUCUCAGGAUACUAAACACUCCCUUGCUCAAAUCUACCGACUACGACUCCGCGAUGUGCCAGCUAUUUGCAAGGAUUCCGUCUCUCGUGAAACUCGACGGAACAGUGUACACCGCCGAACACCGCGACAACUUCGAACUCUACUUCAUCAGCAAGGUCAGGUCCAAGGAGUGGAGCUGUCCGCAGCCAUUGUGGACGACUUUGUGCGCAAAACACGGCGUAUCGACACAGGAAACCACACCCGCCCACCAGCACCCAACGUCCACGUGUGUCGAGGUGGUGUAUGAUACUUGUCGCUUCUCUGCUACGCUGUUCUCCUCUGCAACGGUAGGAAAGCUGCGUGGAAAGAUCUCGCGCAAACUCGGGCUCAGUGUGCUCGACUUCCAGCUGUAUACCCAGCUCGGACACGACACAGAACACCUCGCCAACGACCAGCAAAUAGUGGCCGCCCUGGGGCUCGCAAACCCGGUGCAAGUGGAACUGCAACCGUGGGAAAGUGGCUUACGUCAGCAGCCAUAUCUGCGAAAAAGUGGAGUAGCAGAUUAA